AACGAACGGAAUAGGAGAAUGCUUGCAAAUCGCUUGCCCCGCUUCCACUACACAAAACUACCGUGGUUUUCGAUCCUCGUGACCACCGCCCAGGUGAUCGUAUUCAUAGUGGAAUUGGUUAAGAUGGGGAUUUGGACAGGCUCACCAUUUCAGACAAAGCCGUACUUCAAUCCAAUGAUAGGCCCUUCCACUUAUGUUUUGAUCAAUAUGGGAGCACGCUAUGUGCCAUGCAUGCACAAGAUUCAAGGCAUAACUCUGGAUACCUCAAUACAGUUUCCGUGUCCAAAUUCGACAUCCACGGAUACAAAUGUGUGUAACUUAAAUGAGCUUUGUGGACUAAGUGGUAUACCAAUCGUCGACAAUGAAUUCGUCCCGAGUCAGUACUAUAGAAUCGUGCUUCCGAUCUUCUUGCAUGCGGGUAUCUUACAUAUCUUCUUCAACAUGAUUUUGCAGUUGACUAUGGGAUUGGCAGUCGAACGCAGUAUUGGGUGGCUCAAAUACAGCAUCAUAUAUAUCGCAAGCGGUGUCGCUGGAUUCCUACUUGGUGCCAACUUCUCCCAAAAUGGAGUUGCGUCCACUGGGGCCUCGGGUUCCUUGUUCGGAAUCAUUGCAGCAAAUUUUCUUUUGUUCAUAUACUGUGGAACAAGAAACACAAACAUCUACGAGACAAAACGCUACAAGACAUUUAUCCUAAUUAUGGUCUUGGAGAUUGUUGUCUCUUUUGUGCUCGGUCUUCUUCCCGGUCUAGACAAUUUUUCUCAUAUAGGCGGCUUUUGCAUGGGAGUAUUGACGUCCAUACUUCUUCUUCCUGACCCGUCUUUUGUUUACAAGAAGGGAGUCUACACAUAUGACUCUGAUACGACAACGUGGAAGUCAUUUGUCGACAAUUGGAAUCCAAUUUGCAAGCUUUGGGAUAAAGUUCGGUGGAAAGUGGCUCUAUGGGCGGUUGCGCGAAUCACCAGUUUAGUUCUUGCGAUUGUCUAUUUUGCACUCCUCACAAAAAACCUCAAGUCAAAGAAACAAGAAAAUAACGAGGAGACCUGCCUGUGGUGCAAGUACUUCAAUUGUAUUCCUGUCAACAACUGGUGCGAACAAGGCGAGGUCACGGUUACUACGUCUGUUGUGUCGGCAUCAACAGCCACG